GAUUUUUAAAGGAAGGUUUGAGGGGAAAACAAUUUUCACCCCUUGCCAGUUAGUCAGAUACCAUUUCAUUACAUUUGGUGGUCGUGCACCUCUUUGUUGGAAAGGGGCGACAGUUUACUGGCCCACUCAAAGUUUCAAACAUGAUAAAGAUAAAAUCCAUAAGUCUAAAACUAAGAAAAGUUCUCCAGGAUAAGGUGCAGAUUCUGAAAUGUAAUAGCAGGCAACACAAGCAAGAAAGAAAAAUAUGGCAUUAAUUCAACUGAACCAACUACAAUCCUCCAUUUUAAAGUACAACAAACACCUCCAAAUCCCAUCAUUUUCCACUGCCUUUCAUCAACGCUCAACAAUUCUGAAAAUCAAUGCAGUUUCCCCCAACGCGCAGCAGCUAAUACAGUCCGGUAAAGUCCGUCCCGUAUUACCGAAAGAAGCAGGUACAGCCAUGGAAUUGGAAGGAUACAUUUUGCUCGACAUUAGGCCAGAAUGGGAGAGAGAAAAAGCGUGUGUUUCGGGAUCAUUACAUGUGCCACUUUUUUUGAAGGACAUGGAUAGUAGCCCUAUUACUCUGUUGAAGAAAUGGGUGCAUUUUGGUUAUAUUGGGCUGUGGACUGGACAGAAUUUCACCGUGAUCAAUGAUGAAUUUGUUAAGCAAGUUGAGCAGAAAAUUCCUGAUAAGGAUAAUGCUAAGGUCCUUGUAGCUUGUGGUGAAGGACUAAGGUCUUUGAUGGCUAUUUCAAAAUUACAUGAGGGAGAAUACAAGAAUUUGGCAUGGUUAGCAGGUGGAUUUAACCGUUCUUCUGAUAGCGAUUUUCCAGCAGUAGAAGGGCCUGAAAAGUUACAAUAUGCUACUAUAGGAGGUGUGUCAUAUUACUUCCUUCAAGUGCUUAUACUACUGCAAGCUGUGGGGAAGGAAAGUUGAUAGAAGUGCCCAUGAUGGGCUUGUUGUCUUUAGGAGAUAUUGUAUAUGAUUAAGCAGUUGAAGCUUUUAGUCUAUAUGAACUGAAGUGUCUGUUCAAGAAAUGCAAAAAGUUCUGUAAUCUGAAUUGGAUAA